AUGUGUUCUUUCGCCAGAUGCAAAAGUGCUCGUCUGACUCCAAUCAGAUCAUAUCAGCUGAACGCUCGUGCCUGCGUUUUACAGAUAUCUUCAAGCUCGAGAUCAUUAAAAUACUACCGCAGGUUUGAAAUGCCACGAGGAACCAAAUUUGAAGCUUGGUUAUGGAGGCUUUUUGAGCAUCCUGCAUUUAAGAAGAUUUGUAGUUGUAAGCGGUGA